UAGGAAACAGUCAACAGUCAGAGCCAGUGGACGUCGAAGGAAAUUCAGCAAGCAUGCCUAAAAAAGCAGGGAAGAAAGGAGGCGGAAAACUUGCUGGGAUGACAGAAGAGGAGAGGCUUCUGUACAUGCAGCAGAAGGCUCAAGCUGAGGAGGAGAUAGCCAAGAGAAAAGAGGACAUGCUCACACACUUCCUCAAGGGGGAAAGGUUGAUUCGUCUCUCUGAGAUGUGUAGUAAGCUGGAGACCGAGUAUGAGAAGGUUCUGCCCUUCUACACAUCCUCACUGAGUGAAGAAGAGCUGAAUAAGGAGAGAGCCAAUGCCAUGGAGCCGCUGAAUGAGAAACUUGCUCAGCUAAUGCUUGACCAUUUGCCUCUUGAGAAGUUCUGGCAACGGUACAACAAGGUUCAGCUUGAACAUUUGUGUCUGAAGCGAGAGAAAACGCUGCUGUUACAGGAGAAUGAACGAUUGAGGCUCUAUCUGAAGCAGUAUCUGGAUGAAGUUUCGGUUUCUGAUGAGAGUUUUCGGCAACAGAAGCUUCUGGUGGUGUUGUCUCCUUCUCUACAGGACACCGCUGCCACUGAGAGACGCGAUCAGAAGCGCUAUGUGGUCCAAGAAGCAGCAAAUGUUGUGCACAAACAGUUUUAGGGAAUAAAAAUGCAAUGCAAGUGUUUCUGGUUGCAAUUAAAACAUUUUCUGCCUAGCAUUCAAUCAGUUAGUCUGUUUAAUGCAAUGAUCUCAGUACAUUUUAUAUUAAAUUUAUGAUUUUAGCAGACACUUUCUUCACAGCUUUUUUAUACUUCUGAGAAAAAAAGAAGGGUUUAAUGUCCU